GUAAAGGCCAGACUGUAUAGUUCAUUGCGCUCGUAUUACAACUACCGCUACCCAAAUAUAAGUGACGUCAUUGACUAAUUUCAAAUACCAUUCCAAAUACAUAUAUAUAUAUAUAUAUCAUAUUUAUGUCAGUGUUGUAAUUUACAUAAAAAGUAGUUUUAAUAAAAGAAAAAAAUGAUAGCAAAAUUUGAUUUGAUUCUUAUACUUUUUAUUUUUUUAGAAACUACAAAAGCCGGUUGUAUGUGUAAAUCAUCCCAAUCAGAUGUUGCCUAUCAGUUUCCAUGUAAAGCUACAAAAUUAAUGUUGAAAUAUUUUCUUAAUCUAAUACAAUAUUUCAAUACUAUUUUUGAUAUCGACAAUCCUCAAUUAUCAAGUAUCGCUGACCUUAGAGCUCACGGAAAUAGCAUUCAAUUUUGUGGUAAACUUACAAUGUUAAUUCUCGAUGAAUUACGAAAUAAAUACAACUUCCAACAUCAUGAUCAUUUAAUGGUAAUCAAUUUAUAUUUGAACAAUACUUCUGAAAUAGAAAUUAUGUAUAAGAAACCCAACAAAAAUAAAAAUCCACCAAAAAUAGAUCUAGAUAAAGUAAAGAAAAUACUUGUAGAGUUGAAAAAUGGUCAAAAUAUGAUUGUGAAAAAUCUAUCGAGUUUAAUAAAAAAUAUGUGUGUAAAUUAUGCUGACGGUAAUUCUAUUAAUAAAGUCAUAAAAAAUGGCAUGUCGAAAAUAACGAAACGUAUAAGUUUUAAAAGCGGUGUUGAAUUAAAAAUCUUUACCUUAAAAAAUACAUUAGCCAGAAAUCGGCUUAAAAUCCGUAAACUUGUCAAAAAAAGAGAAAGAGACUAUAGAUAUUUGGACUUUCAUCCGAUUAAUUUGUUAUUUUUUAAAUUAUUGUCUAAAAAUAAAAUUAAUGAUAACGUUAUUAAAAUAUUGACUACAGAUAAGAAUAUACAUAAUUACAUUAAUGUGCCUUAUGAGACCAACGAUGAAACUGUAGAUAGCCUAAAUUUAAUUAGUAACAUAAAAAUAUUAAAUAAUACCGGUGUUACGGUAACUUUAGAAAAAUUACUUUCCGAUUAUAUGGUAUUCAAUUAUAACACCGCUAUUAUGAACGAAUUUCAUAAAAUAGUAUUUGCUGCUACUAUUCAACCAUUUUUUGUUGCAAUAGAAACAUAUUAUUAUAUGAUUUCAAUAACUCUUCCUAACAAAGAUAUAAAAAAAAAUUUGAUAUAUGACAUAGGUAAUACCUUAAAUAAAUGUUUUGAAAAAUUUAUUCAAUUGAAUAUUUUUCCUUCUUACAUAUCAAAUGAUUUAAAAGAUAUAAUGAAGUAUUCGAUAUUUUUUGUUAAUCAAAUGGAAUUAAACAAUGUAGUAGUCAAUAAUUUAAAAAAAUUUAAAAAAUUUAAAAAAUUUUCAAAAACCAUGACUAAUAUGAUGAACAUUGAUAAUAUUGAAUAUAAUAUACCGAUCAAGAGUUGUGCAUAUGAAAAUAUAUCUGAUUUAAUUGAAGUAAUUCAAAAAGUUAAAAAUCAGAUUGAAAAGUUGGUAUGGUAUGUAGAAACACUAAAAAAAUAUACAAAUGUGUAUAAAACAGUACUUCGAGUUAUUCCGCCAAAUUUUAAUGCUAAUAACAGAGUUCCAAUAAAUAUAAUCGAUUAUUACCAAUCAAUAAAAACUCAAGUCCAAUAAACAUCUAAUAUGGAAGCUUAUGGGCAAAUUAAAUACAAUAACAUGAUUAAGCCGAAAAUGGAAAUUUUAGUCUCUAAAUGAUAAUAUAAGUAAAAAUUAAAAUAAAGUACUGUGAUUUUUAAAUUUUUGGAAAUGUAAAUAAUGAAAAUAGUCAUUCCUGUCUAACAUUUAUAAAAUAUCAUUAAUGUUAACAUACUAUGGUUAAGGAAUGAAAAAUUGUACAAUAAUUUUUUUGUUUUAUAU